AUGGACGCGGGCGGCGGCGAGGAAGGGCAUGCGGUGCCGUGGGAGAACUACUACCACCGAGAUGUGGUCUUGUUUGCGAUUGACUGUGGAGCGACGAUGCACGCUGCGGAAAAUGACGAGCCGCCGCUGCUGAUGGCGCUCCGAGCAGCGGCGCGUCUCAUGGAAAUGAAGCUCGUGAGCUCGCCCAAGGACCACGUCGGCAUCCUCUUGUGGAAUACGGCCGAGUCGAUGAUGACUACCGAAAGCCGCAGUGGGUUCAAGCCACACACGGUCGAGUACACCAAGCCACAGCAAGUCAAUGUGCCAGUCACGUAUGCGCUGCAGGAGCUCAUUGCGGCGGCCGAGCGCGGUUCCAGUGUGCUCGAGAAGCGGUUUGCGCCUUCGGACCAAAUGCCGAUUGAGCAUGUCUUGUCGAAUGCACUGCACUUGCUUACCUCGGCUGCCAAAGCCGGUACACGCCGCAUCUUUUUUAUUACGAACCAAGACGAGCCGCAGCCCGGGGAGUCUAAGCAGCUGGCACAGAAAGCAUGCAUCGACCGUAUGAAGGAUAUGUACCGUCGAGGCAUCGACAUGGAGCCGUUCUUUAUGUCGACCAAGCUGCACGAGUUCCGUGUGAAUGCGUUCUAUGCAGAGAUCGUGGGCGUGUACGACGACGGGAUUGUGGAUGAUGCGCUCCGCCCGUGGCGCUUGCGGCAGAUGCAGGACCAGAAUGGGUCGAAACGCAAGGCAUGGGACUCGGCGCUGAAGCUGCAGGAGCUCGAGGAGCAAAUGGGGGGCCGCGAAAUGCCGAAGCGCGUCAUUUUUGACCUGCUCUUUGACCUCGGCAGCCUGUCCAAGCCGAACGACGACAAGCACGCCAAGGCUCAGCGCCCUUCGCACUGGCGCAUCCACGUCAAGGGCUACGCGCUGGUCUCGGAGGCGACCAAGGACCCCCCGGUCAAGGUGUCGUCGUACGGCAUGGAAGACCCGGAGGAUAUGUACGAAGUCAUGGCGUACCAGCACCUCUAUGAUACCCAGUCCGGCAACCGCGUGAGUGCCGCGCAGGUCGCCAAUGCCUACCAGAUCUGCGACGAUCCCAUGAAUCCGGCGCAGGUGCUGCUGUCGGAGGACGAGGUCAAGUCCUUGCGCACGUUUGGGUGCAUUCCCGGCAUCAAGCUCCUUGGCUUCAAGAGCAGAGACACACUUCACUUCUUCGAAAAUAUUAAGCAUGCCUACUUCCUGUACCCCUCGGACCUCGAGCAGCCUGGAAGCAAGCGUACCUUUGCGGCGCUGCUGCAGUCCAUGCUGACCAAGAACAAGUACGCGCUGGGCCUGUAUGCCCCGAGGGAGAAUGUGAUUCCGGCCUUUGUCGCGAUCCUUCCCCAGGCCGAAGAGCUCGACGAAGAAGGAAACCAGCUCGUCCCGCCCGGCAUGAACAUGAUUGUCCUGCCGUACGCUGACGAUAUCCGCGAUGCACCGUCUGGAAACACCGACAACGCAAACAGCGAAGAGGUCGUGGCGGCUGGCAAGGUGAUAGACACCUUUUUGCGCAAGGCGCCCUUGAAUCCCGAUGCGUUUACGAACCCCGCGCUGCAUCACCAUUAUAGUGUGCUAAUGGCGUCGGCAUUCGGAACGCCAGUGCCUGCGUACAGGGAUACCAUUCUACCCGACUAUGAUCUGAUCCACGAGCGUGCCAGCGCAGCGAUCCGGACGUGGAACGAGGCUCUGUUGGCGGACCCACGCACCACGCCUGCGCCACCUCCCCCCCGUGCGCCCAAAGCGAGCGCUCCCUCUGCGCCGUUUGAUCCCGCACGCGAGAAAGAGGUGCGCAAUAUGUACAACGAAGGUGUACUAGGCAGGCUCCUCGUUGGCGACCUGCGCGCCGCGUGCCACCACUUUGGCCUGCCGACCUCGGGCCGCAAGAAUGAAUUGCUGGGCGUGCUAAGUGCUCAUCUUGCUACAUCAUAA